AUGGGGAAGCGUGGCCGACACGGGAGUCCAUCAUCCUCUUCCUCGGAGGAGAGGGGCCGUCGGAAGUCUUCCAAGUCUAGCAAACAGAAGCAGGACAAGGACAAGAGAAAGAAGCAAUCCAAGAAACCAUCUCGCUCGGAAUCGAGGUCGCGUUCACCACCUCAGAGCAAGAGCAGUCGCCGCAAGCGGGACGAUCGCAGCCGAAGCCCGAGUGUCGAUGAAGAGGAACGGAGGAGGGCUAAGGAGGCCAGGCGGGAGCAGAAGUACCGGGAGAAGUUGGCGCUGAAGAAAGCUCAGCGGCGCGCGGCAGAAUCGGAGCACGAAAAGGCGGAGAGGAAGCGAAAAGCCAAAAUGGACGGCACGGCGGCUCACUUCGGGUACACAAACGAUAUCAACCCGUUCGGCGAUUCCAACCUGACGGAGCAGUUUGUUUGGGGCAAGAAGAAGGAGAAGGAGGGAACUGCCGACAAGCUGCUCACCAAGCGAGACAUGCGCGAUAUGCAGAAAAAGAACAUCGAUGAGAUCGAAAAGGUGCGAAAGAGGCGAGACGAUGCCGAGGCGGAGCGCGAGGAAAUGGAUCGCCUCAAGGCGGAAGAGUCGAGGCUACGCGAGCAGCAGCAGUACGGCGACUGGCAGAAGAAGGAGGAGCAAUUCCACCUGCAGCAGGCCUCGCAGAGGUCCAAGAUUCGCCUGGUGGAAGGGCGGGACCGCCCAAUCGACCGCCUGGCGAAGAACGUGAUUCUUUUCGGGGAGCAAGAUCAAGGGGCAGGGGAAGUGGGCAUCAAGUACGGCGGGAAGGGAGACGUGGACGUUACCGGCUUGGAGAUGGAGCUCAGAGAGCCAUACAAGUUGUUCGAUGGCUUGACCUUGGAGGAGCUCGAGCAGCUACAGACGGAGAUCCUGCAGUACCAAGAGCUCGUCGGGGAGAACGGACCGAAUCGAGACUUCUGGCUUUCUCUAGGGGUUGUUUGCGACGACAAGGUGGCGAAGGCCAAGGAGCUUCUCGGGGAAACCGAGGAGGGCGUCGCGACUGGGGGGCUGCAUAAGACGGUCAUCGACGACGUCACGGCCAAGUUCGAGAACCAGACCGUGGAAGAGUUGGCUGAACAGAAGACCAAGAUCCAGGACAAGCUGGACUCCGGCGAGGCUUCGGUGGAUACAGAGUUCUGGGAGGCCGUGCUGAAAGAGCUACACGUUUUCCAGGCGAUGGCCAAGCUUCGCGACGUACACCAAGUCAUGCUGGAGGCUCAGCUGGAGAAGCUGGAAGAAAUGCGGGACAACAUGAAGAGCAAGCGCGCCAGCAGAGCGGAGGGAGACGAAGAGGAGGAAGAGGCAGAGGAAGAAGGAAAGGGACCGGCGAUUGCGACAACCGCAGCAGACUCAUCCGCUCUGGCCAUGGGCAUGCUGGCCAACGAGAAGAGCAAGGGAAUGGGAGACCAAGAAGAAGGCAUGGACUUGGCCGACGAGGUCGACAUGGGCGGGAAGACGUACUGGUGGCACGACAAGUUCCGCCCCCGGAAGCCGCGCUACUUCAACCGGGUCAAGACGGGUUACGACUGGAACAAGUACAACCAAACGCACUACGACCACGACAACCCUCCACCCAAGACCGUGCAGGGCUACAAGUUCAACGUGUUCUACCCAGACCUGAUCGAUCGCGAGGAUACCCCCAAGUAUUUCUUGGAGAAGGCGGAUCACCCCGGCUUUGCCAUCCUCCGAUUCCACGCCGGGCCUCCGUACGAAGACAUCGCUUUCAAGAUCAUCAACCGAGAGUGGGAGUUUGGACGCAAGCGAGGUUACCGCUGUGUGUUCGAGCGCGGUGUGCUCUCUCUCUACUUCAACUUCAAAAGCCUUUGGUAUCGCAAGUAG